UUGCAGCAGUAGCAGCGCCGGAACCAUUACUGCUACUGAAAAAGCCCUGGUAUUGCCAGAAUUUAGAGCAGCGCAAAUCCCAAUGCUUCGCCGGCACCGAUUACAGGUGCAGGGAAUGAUGAGUCAAUUGCUUCACCAAGUACAGCACCAGCAGCUAAUAACGUUAAUAGAAGAGAAGGCCUUGACAGGAAUGUGGAAAAACCUACUGCUGUGCUAACCAAUAACGAACAUUCUAUCACUUGAAUGACUCCCGGAAUAUCGGAUGCUGGUGCUGUUGCUGGGGCUGGCGCUCCAGCAGAAAAGGUACCUGAGUGGAACGAUUGUAACGGAGGGUGUAUCAUCAUCGGCUUCAGCACGGAUACUGCCCGAAUCCCCUGUGGUGCCACGACUGUUGAGUUCCAGUGAACAACAAGGUGGUGUAUCAUCGCCGAAUAGUUCCACAUUAGCAUCUAAGAGCUCUGUUGGGACUACAUCAGAUAGCAUUCCGAAGGGUGGAUCAGUAUCGGAAAAUAGUGACGGAAUGGAGAAAAUUUGCUCAUAUGUACCAUCGUCGACAACGAUUACGCCGGUCGAGUUUCCAAUGAACGGUGUGAAACCUGCAUUAUCACGGAACACUGAUGCAUCUUCGAUUGGUCUUUGUGGACCACCUUCAACUGCCUCAAUGGUUGAGCUAACCAUUGCAAGAGAAGGAUCGUACAUCAAAUAUGAGAAGAAUAUGAGGUCGCUAACAUAUUGACGAAAAAAUCUAAAAAAGCCUGUCACGAUUGUUGGUGAGAAUCCGGAUAAAACAGGUACUGUGUUCAUAAUUAUCUUUAGUACUGCUUCAUGCGUUCACGGAAGCCUUAGUGCAAAGCAGCUUACUUAUUUUAGAAUUUUUAAUAAUUAAAAAAACUGGGACAAUGUUAUAGUUGCGCAGCAAAUGUGCCAGAUUGGAGAUGUCCUCUUGCAUUCUGUUAUGUUGUUUUCUGCACUUAGCUAUAACGACUGCAUUUUGCUAAGGUUCUGUUGCGCAUCUCAGCUUCCAUUGUGCUCCAAGUGCAUUGUCAUGAGAUGAUUUAAGUGAAAAGAAAUUUGUUGAAUUGUAAGUCGUUUGUUGAUUGUACGGUUGCACGAUUGUAGAGUCUUUUUCAUUCCCCUUCAAUCAAAAAAUAUGCCUACAUUUGAUAUCCAUUUCUUGGAUUAUUAACUGCGGCCAGGCGAACUCCUUAUUCCUAUUUGUCACUCCAAAAAUGAUCCUUCCAGUUGUUUGACGGAACGUGCAUAAACACCUAAAAGUUGCGCUUAGGCACAGGCACAGGUCGCAAAGUCGCAUUCUACUUUCCAGCUGUAGUCUUCCUGACGGGAAGGUUCGAAUGUAGACGAAAAAUAACUGAUUCGAACAAUUUAAGCUGGUGGUAACUGUGUUAAAAGAUGAAACGUUCAAUGUUCUAGUAUUA